UGCGCACAUGUGGACUGUGUUUAUAUGGAAGAGGAGAACUUCAGGUGACGUCUCGGAUCGUGAACGGAGCUACUGGCAACUGUCCGCUACUGUCUGCGGUCCAAACCCUGGAGGAACAUCAGAAAAGCAACGGACGCGAGAAGACAACUUUUGAGCACAGAGGUCUCCAGUGUGAUGUAAGCAGCUCCAGACCCAUCAAAUCCAAGAUGGUGGUGUCCCUGUCCAAAGUGCGUCUGAGGCUGGCUCAUCUCCAGACCUUCCUGCUGUGCUUGGUGCCACUGCUCCAGUCUGCCCAUUCCAGUCCUGGUCCAGAGCCCAGACCGUGGAGUCAGCGUGGACCCAGACUACAACUCUCUCAUUCAGAGCUGAGAAACGGGUCAGCGGUGUUCUGGGAGGGAGGGGUCAGUGGGGGUUACCAGGCCCUGCUGCUGGAUGAGGACCAGGGCUGGCUGCUUGUCGGAGGAAAAGACUACAUUUACCUCCUGAGACCGGACAGCCUGGACCUGCCCACACGCACUAUUUACUGGCCAGCAGCGAAGGAGCAUGUUGAACAUUGUAGACAAGCAGGGAAGAGCCUGGAGACGGAGUGUGCCAACUUUGUGCGUUUGCUGCAGCCUUACAAUAAAACCCACAUUUACGCGUGUGGGACUGGGGCCUACCAUCCCAAGUGCAACUACCUCCACCUGGGACACAAUAAUGAGCAGGCCUUGUUCAUGCUGUCCCAUUCAGAGGAGUCGGGCCAAGGAAAGUGUCCCUUUAGCCCUAAGGAGCCGUUUGCAGCGCGUCUAACUGAUGGGGAGCUGUAUGCAGGUACCUCAGUGGAUUUCAUGGGAGCAAAUGCUGCCAUUUUCCGCACUUCACUUAAAGGCAGCAGUCAGCAUUACAUACGCACAGAGGCCUACGACCACAACUGGCUCAAUGAGCCUGAGUUUGUGGACUCCUUCUCCAUCCCGGACACUCACAGUUCGGAUGAUGAUAAAGUGUACUUCUUCUUCAAAGAGAGGGCUGUUGAGGCGGGACAGUGGGACAAGAAGGUCUACAGUCGUGUCGCUCGGGUUUGCAAGAAUGAUGUUGGUGGUAAGAGGAGCCUGAUAAACCGCUGGACCACUUUCCUAAAAGCACGGCUGGUCUGCUCUAUCCCAGGACCCUCUGGAGUGGACACACAGUUUGAUGAACUGGAGGAUAUAUUUGUUUUGGAGACAAAAGACCCCCAGAACCCCACCAUCUAUGGCGUCUUCAGCACGUCCAGCUCGAUCUUCCAGGGAUCAGCAGUGUGUGUUUACUCCAUGGCAUCCAUCCGCGCUGCCUUUAACGGACCAUUUGCUCACAAGGAGGGCCCUGAUUAUCGCUGGGUGGAGUAUAAGGGCCGCAUACCCUAUCCCAGACCAGGCACUUGUCCCAGUGAGACAUAUGACGCUCUGUACAAGUCGACUAAAGACUUCCCAGACGAGGUGGUGAGCUUCAUGAGGCAGCAUCAGCUCAUGUGGGAGCCAGUGAUGCCACUAGGGGGCAGACCCAUCUUGACCCGGGUCAACUCUCCCAACCUGUUCAAGAGAAUCGUGGUGGACAGAGUGGACGCAGAGGACGGACCCUAUGAUGUCCUACAUCUAGGAACAGAUGACGGUAAAGUGGUGAAGGCCGUGUCUGUGAUCAAAGACAACUGGGAGACUGAGGAAAUCAUCUUGGAGGAGCUCACUGUAUUUCAGAGCCCUACACCAAUCCUGAAUAUGGAACUGUCGACCAAAAGACAACAGCUGUAUGUGUCCAGUGAGGGAGGCGUGGUGCAGCUGUCCCUACAGAGGUGUGAGCUGUACGGAGACGACUGUGCUGAGUGCUGCUUGGCCCGAGACCCCUACUGCUCCUGGGACGGACAGACCUGCUCCAGAUACUUCCCUACAAGCAAAAGGCGGGCUCGGAGACAGGAUGUGAAGUAUGGAGACCCCUGGACUCAGUGCCCCAUCACAGACGACGACGUGGACUCAGUGGAAGUGAAGCAGGUGUAUGCAGUUGAAGGAAACUCCACCUUCCUCGAGUGUGCUCCUCGCUCUCUCCACGCUGAGAUCAAAUGGACUGUACAGAUCACAGACAACCAACCUCCACUGCCUCAGACUGACAGUGAACGCUCCCUCUGUAUGAAGCGGGGUUUGCUACUUCAACACCUGGAACUUUCUGAUGCUGCCUUGUACAUCUGCACUAGUCUAGACCGCUCCUACAAACAGGUCCUCACCAAAUACCGCCUCAACAUCAUCCCAAACCAACACCUCCACCUUAACCACCAAACCCCCCACCACCACCAAGGCCCUGCAAUCCAAGGGAAAGUCAUCCACCCUGGGGUACAAGGCUUUCUGGGACAGGCCAAUCAGCGGAACUCCUGGCUUCAACCACAAUCACAGAUCAGGAACUACAACCACGUCAAUAUGUUUGGCACCAAUGGCUUGAGCAUGGAGGAUUGUGAGCAGCUCUGGUACAGGGAGAAGAGACGUCAACAAAAACUGCGCACACUCAAGUUGAAACAAGAGAGUAGGAAAGCAAGAGUGAGAAGGCACAACCCGCCCGGAGUCCCACCUAUGUCCUAAACACGGGACUAUUACAAGGACUAUGUAGUGAGAUAGAGAGAUAAUUUAAUACAGUGAAGUGUGUAGACUGAUCUAGUAGUGUCGAUAUGUAAGUUAAUGGAAGAGUAUGUAGAUGUGUUUUGUUAAUAUUUUCCUAUCCAUGUGUUUAGAGUGAUGAAAUGUUGUAACCAUGGCAGAACAAAUUAGUGUAUGUUUUAAAAUGGUCUGAAGUCCUCAAAAUGAGACUGAAAUACAUGAAUAGCUACAACAUUUUUAAAUGGCUUUGAAGCAACCAUUUUGUUUUAAAUUUAAGAUGCAUGUAGCAACAAUACGAAUGUAAAAUAGCAAAUUUCUUCCAUUUACACAAUGGGUGAAACAAAACACAAUUGUAGAAAGUUUUUUUAUUUCAUAACUUAACUUUCAAACUUAAAAAUGCACUGUGUAACUUUAUUUGUGAGGGUCUGCCACCUGGUUGCCAUGGAGAUGUUCUUGUUUUGCCUGGAAUGUUCCUGACGUUAAACUCAUUUAUCUCCAAGCUGGCGACACUGUCAGCCCAAGUUACAGAUCCGAUCUGUGGAGACGGUGAAUGCAUGUUUUUUUUUAAGUAUUGUAACUGAAUAAAUGCAACUUUCAUGCCAUACUAUGGAACUUUACAGGGUAAGCAAUAACUUCUCCAUCAGAAAAGUUACACAGUGCACCUUUAAGUGAAACAUUGGAACAAGGAAAAUAUGUGUAAGUGAUUUUUUUUUGUUUUUUGUUUUUUUUUUGUAUUGAAUAUUCUCUUAUUGCUUUUAUUGUAAUAAACGUUGAAGGCUAGUGAUACCAAAUUGCAGUUUAACUACUAGGCUAUAAAUGUGGUUAGGAUCAGCAUUUACUAAAUAUGAAACCUCCAUAUUAAUAUGAUGUAAAUAUUUAUAUUAAAUUUACACUUGUUUGUUUGUAAUGGCAUAUAAAACCAAAGAUGUGUGUAUGGUCUAACUCACUAAUCCUUAUGGAAGACAAAAUACUUACAAAAAUAGUGUUGCCUAUUUACUGACCUGUGUUUAACUGUAUUUAAAAUAUUGUAAUAUUACUGUGUAUUUAUGUAGUGACUUGUGAUGCUAUAAUAAAUUAGGAUAAAGCUUAAAGUUGCAGUGUGUAACUUUUCUGGUGGAGGGUUGUUUCUGUUGACAUGUUAUGGCUUUGCUUCGAAUGUUCCACAGUAUGGUUUUGAAUUUAUCAAUCUCCAUGGAGAGAAGUCGGUGCCAUUACCAUACCGAGUUACAACUCAGAUCUGUGGAGAGGUGAGCCCACUCGGAAAAAAAUGAAUGAUUUAAAGGUUUAGCAAUAAAAACAAAUGCAACUGAAUGCAUGCAAGUUUACACAAUGUCACACUGUGAAACAUUCCAGGCAAAGCAAUACAAUUUCCGUGGAGACAAGCAGGUGAUGGAUCCCCCACCAGAAAGGUUACAUAGUGCACCUAUAACUAGCUUCAGAUAAGCUCGAAGAAACGCACACAUAUUCAAAUGGCCCUCAUUAAAACUUAUGUUUAAAUUAGGCUAGUACUACUUCAGUUAUUUACUGUUAUUGGUCAUUAAAGUCUUACUUAUUUCUUUUUUCUUAAACUACUAAGCUAGCCAUGUAUGUUUUAUGUUUUUAUAUAAAUAUAUUUACCCUUUGAUAAACUUUGAAAUAAGAGUUUGUAAUAUUUUUAUAUGAAUAAACUACAAAUAAAUAGGCUUUUAACUUUG